AUGCAGGUACACUGCAUGAUCGCACGUAAGUUUGUGCGUCUUGUUGGUAUUUUGGUACCGUGCAUUUUCCUACCAUUACUAGUUCCCCUUACCAUUUAUUUUCAUCCCUUCAGCUAUUGUGCUCCCAUAAGGGUCGAUAUUGAAUACACUGCAUAUGUACGGGAUGAAACACAAAUUGCCAAAAACAAAAAACCGUAUAAAACGCUCACGCUACGGAAGGAAAGUGCCAUUAUUGGGUACAUGCCUAUUAUGCUUAAAAGUUCUGCUUGUGUUCUGCAUGGAAAGGAUGAAGAUGAAAUAGCAAGAUAUGGCGAGUGCCCUCUAGAUCCUGGUGGUUACUUCAUUGUGAAAGGAAAUGAGAAGCUCAUCCUCAUACAAGAAGAAUUACAAAGGAAUCAUAUUAUUAUUGGGACUGAUCGUAAAGGAAGAUUCCUAUAAUUGUCGUUAUAAAAGCUCUGGGGAUAGAAAGUGACCAAGAGGUUGUACAAAUGAUUGGACGAGAUCCAAGAUAUGGGGACUUACUACUUUUAUCUAUUCAGGAAUGUGCCGCAAAGGGAAUAUAUACACAAGAACAAGCUCUUCAUUACAUGGAUGGCAAGGUGAAAUUUGAAAAACGAUAAGCGUGUGCCUUACUAUCAUCCUUAAAGAAACCUUUUGUUGUAGUUUGAAUUAUACCAAGCAAUUUGCAGAUCAAUAAAUAGUGCAUGAAGUGCAUCAUAAGCUUUGCAAGAGUAUAUCCCUUCAUUACCGAGUCAUGCAUGUUAGAGUUAUAAUAUAAGUCAUGUACCCCUUUGUAUUUAUCCCGUUGUAUAAGGGGUUUCCUGCAUAUGUUCCACACCUGUACAUGUAUAUAUAUCGGCCUAUGGCCUCAUGGGAAUACAUGUUGCAUAUUUCCUAACAUGGUAUUAGAGCUAGGUUAAUUUUUUGCACGCCGCAACUCGUGCCAUUGAUCCGCUCCUGCUGCCGGCCGCUGGGUGUUCAUCUGCCUGUCUCCCCCCGCGGUCUUCCUCUACCCCUCCCGAUCGAUUAGAUC